UGUAAAUUUAAUGAAGCCUGGCUGGAUAAGAACUCUUUUCGUCAUUGGUUGAAACCAGUGCACCACAACGUUUUUGAGGCUUUUUGCACCAUAUGCAAAAAAAGGAUUCAGCUAGGUACAAUGGGAAUGAAGGCAUUAGAGUCUCAUGCCAAGUCGUCCAAGCACAUGAAUGCUCUCAAUGGACAAAAACAAACUCCUUCCAUCGCCUGCGUGUUUCAACCAACUAAUGUUAGCCAGCUAGCUGCUAAUAUGUCUGAAGCGGCAGCAGGAGCUAAUGUUAGCCAGCUUGCUGUUAGCGCUGCAGACCCUCCAGCUAUGACCGCAACUAGAGUGGAUCUGCGCACAGCUUUUGGGUCCACACCAACAAUGAAAGCCGAGGUGUUGUGGACUCUUAACACAAUCGCUAAACUCCAGUCCUACAAUGGAAAUGAGAGUAUCUCAGAGCUUUUCAAGUGCAUGUUCCCUGAUUCUGACAUCGCUAAAACGUUUACUUGCGGUCCCGACAAAACAGCUUACAUAGCCAAGUUUGGUUUAGCUAUUCACAUCAAAGAAGAACUGGUGUCCAAAGUCAACAAAUCGCCGUUCGUUCUGAUGUUUGAUGAGAGUCUCAACGAGACAACGAAAACCAAACAGCUGGAUGUGCAUGUCUGGAACGAGGGACAGGUUCAGUCCAGAUAUCUGGGCUCUCAGUUUAUGGGACAUUCCACUGCACAAGACCUGCUGUCGCAUCUCAAAGUAAGGAUAAUCAUUUUUUACUUUAAAAGCUCAUCAAUUUAUAUUGAUAGACUCAACUUGUGUGCAUAUACUCUUCUAUAACUGCAAUAUUACAUGACCAAUUAGUUAUUUCCCUUAACAAUAUGUGCUCAUCCAGUCCUCUUAUUUGAGUAAUCAAAUGCAACCCUUUUUUCAGGAAUUUAUGGACAGACUGAACCUCAGGGACUUGGUGUCCAUCUCAAUGGAUGGGCCCAGUGUGAAUUGGAAACUCUUCGACCUUUUCCAGAAAGAUCACGCUGAGCAGUAUGGAGGUGAGCAGUUUAGAAUGCUAUUACUGUUUGUGGGUGAGUGUGAAUGUGAUCUAUUAAUAAUUAUAAUAAUGCAUUUUAUUUGUAGUGCACUUUACAUUGAACAAACAAUCUCAUAGUGCUACAGAGCAAAUUUGAUGCAUGGGUGCAACAUAUGCAGUACAAAACAAUCUCCAUGUGAUACAAAAUAUGAAUUUGGUUUCUAAUAUUAAGUUUUGCAACUAAAUCUUCAGGUGUUCAGCUCAUUUGUGUGGGGAGAUGUGGCCUACACACGCUUCACAACGCAUUCAAGUGUGGGUUCACUGCAUGGCAGCUGGACAAGUUGCUGAAAGCAAUGCACACAUUGUUCCUCAAUGUGCCCAUCAGGAGAGAGGAUUACAUCACAGUAACCAAGUCUACUGUGUUCCCCCUUUCUUUCUGUGCCCAUCGUUGGGUGGAAAACCUUCCGGUUGUGGAGAGAGCCCUGGAAGUCUGGCCAUCACUGCUCUUGUACAUGGAAGCCGUGAAAUCAAAGAAACUCUCGAACCCUGAAACAGCAUCUUAUGACACAGUUGCAGCAGCCACGAAGGAUCCACUCAUCUUGGCCAAAUUGCAGUUCUACACGGCACUCGCCAGGACCUUCACUCCCUUCCAGAAAAAAAUAUCAGACAGAUGAGCCUGUGCUUCCAUUCCUUCCGAAGGACCUGACUGAGUUGAUGAUGGUAAUAAUUAACUUAAAGUGCAACUCACCCCCAAAUCAUUUUUCUUUGCUGAUAAACUGUAUAAAUAAGUGUCUUCUAGUGAUGUCUACAUGUCUGGUAAUUAUUUUUGGUAUUUUAGUACAUUUUAGUAAAUUUUCUACCAAAAACCAUUAGUGUGGUGCCCUCUUCAAGUUAAAACUUUACACUGUACUUGAAUUUGAAUCGGGCAUCACUACUGGCUCAGCCAGUAUGGCUGAUAUCAGCCAUACUGCUACUGUGGAGUAUAAAAUACGCCCAGUCUCGGCCACACCUUCGUAGCGAGUUGGAAUAGCAAGGAAGUGUUGAGGCUCCCACUCGGUCCGCUAGGCAAAGCCUCCUGUUACCGCAUUUUUCAAAUCGGAAAUGUAAGUGCAGUAAGACUCUGGUGGGAAGAGAUCUAAAGUUGUGGAGCUUAUUUCAAAGCUUCAAGCACUUUCCUAAAUUGUACCGCCAUGUAUAUAUGUCCGAAGUGCAAAAAAUCAACAUCAAAAGACAUCCGGAAACUUUUAAGUCAUCUUAGGCAUGUCCAUGCACUUUCUGAUGGACAGGAUUAUACAAUUGUUUGUAGUCAAAACAACUGUCAACGACAUAGGUGUGAUUGGCAAAGGACAAAAAAGCAGGAAACUAUAUGGUGCACUUACCAUGGGGGCGGGGCUUUGUUAUG